GUCCCUUCCAAAGCACGGCAAUCGCGGGGUGGGCGCCGUGCUCCCUCCCAGGCCGGGGGCGCUGGCCAGAAGGGGCGCGUGUGGCGACGGUGACCGCCUGCCGCGGCACGCCCGGGCAGGGCUGCGCAGAAGAGCCGGGGGCGGUCGCCCGUUGGCCCGGCUGGGGCUGAACGCCCAGGGGUCGCGGCGCGUCUGCCCGCAGCGCGUCAGCUUGUGGCGUCCAAGGCGAUGCGUCGCAGCAGCUCCAAGAGUGGAGUCGUCCUGGCUACAGUGACCAGAGGUUCUGAUGCUUCUCAGAUGCUUACCAGAGCCCAGCUUGGUCAAGAUCCCCCCCAAAGGACAGUGCUAGGGGUACUAACCGAGAAUGGGCAGUACAGGAAGACCUGUGGCCAGGAGAUCACAACAAUCAGGUGUUUUUCUGGAUCAGAAAAUGUCUUCCCUCCAGCUGGAAAGAAAAUGCUCUCUGAUUGUGGGGUCCUGGAGUCAUCCAAGCAUGGAUUUGAUAUCUACAUGGAUGAGCCUGAGCAGGGGGACAGAGACAGCUGCCCAGGAAGAGAGGGGAUGGCAUUUGAGGACGUGUAUGAAGUAGAUACCAGCACACUCAAGUCAGACCUUCACUUCCUGCUGGAUUUCAAUACAGUUUCCCCUAUGCUGGUAGAUUCAUCUCUCCAUUUCCAGUCUGAAGAAGCAUCAGAUUUGGGCACAGAUGUGAUAAAUGUGACUGAAUAUGCUGAAGAAAUUCAUCAGUACCUUAGAGAAGCUGAAAUAAGAUACAGACCCAAAGCACACUACAUGAGGAAACAGCCGGACAUCACAGAAAGCAUGCGUACGAUUCUGGUGGAUUGGCUGGUGGAGGUUGGCGAAGAAUAUAAGCUUCGAUCAGAAACUCUAUACCUGGCUGUCAACUUCCUGGACAGGUUUCUUUCCUGCAUGUCUGUUCUGAGAGGGAAAUUGCAGCUUGUAGGGACUGCAGCUAUUUUUCUGGCUUCGAAAUAUGAAGAGAUAUAUCCACCUGAAGUAGACGAGUUUGUCUAUAUAACUGAUGAUACAUACACAAAACGGCAACUAUUAAGGAUGGAACACCUGCUCCUGAAGGUCCUAGCUUUUGAUCUGACUGUACCAACCACCAACCAGUUUCUCCUUCAAUACUUACGGCGUGAAGGAGUGUGUGUCAGAACUGAGAACCUGGCCAAGUAUGUAGCAGAACUGAGUCUACUUGAAGCUGAUCCAUUUUUGAAAUAUCUUCCUUCAUUGAUAGCUGCAGCAGCUUACUGCCUGGCAAACUAUAUUGUGAACAGGCACUUUUGGCCAGAAACCCUUGCUGCAUUUACAGGCUACUCAUUAAGUGAAAUUGUGCCUUGCCUGAGUGAGCUACACAAAGCGUGCCUUGACAUACCCCAUCGACCUCAGCAAGCAAUUAGGGAGAAGUAUAAGGCUUCAAAGUACCUGCAUGUGUCCCUCAUGGAACCACCUGCAAUUCUUCCUUUGCAAUAAGUGUCAGAACUGGAGCACUUCCGAACCCAACCACCAGAUCACAAGAUUGCUCCUAGUUUCCAUAGGUUUCUGCAAGUUGGGCCAACUGAUGUCAAUAUAGAUGACUUUUAAAAUAUGUAAAUGUAUUAGUUUCUCUUAGACUUUAGUAGUUACUAUUUAGUCUAGCAUUUUUAAAGAAUAAAUAA